AUGGUAUCUGGAAGUUCCAUAGCAGAAAGGGUAUCUAACCCUUCUGUUCUGUCAUCCCAGGUUUUUACUCUGGCUCCUGGGAUUUUGCUGGGCUUUUUUCCAGGGAGACCUCUUUUGUGUCAAGGCAAGCCUGGGGCCUGGAGCCUUGCUGGUGUCAUCUCCUGGGUGGGAUGUGCCUGCAGCUGUAGAGGGAGUGAGAAGAACAAACAUUACAACAGAGGAUCCCUGGGAACAUUCCCAGACUUCAGCAUGGUGAGUGCUGAUCUGAAAGUGAAAAGCUCCACAGUGUUUUGUAGUGUUCAGGAUGUCAAACUCUGCAAGAGUGAAGGGGAAUUACAUUUUCCUGGAAGGCCUGAACAGCUCUAUCAAAACCAUCAAUUGUGUGUAUGGAAUCUAUUUGUGCCAGAAGGGAAUUACAUACGGUUUCAUUCCUCCCACUUUUUCUGGCCAGAAACAUUCAGUGACUAUGAUUCUUUAUCAGUCUUCAAAGAUGACAGACUCGUGGGGAAAUUCUGUGGAGGAGAUAUUCCAUUACCUCUUUUGAUUGGCUCCAAUAGCAUAAGGCUGAAAUUUGUUUCUAAUGAUGAGGAUUAUGGAACUGGUUUUUCCAUUACCUACAAAGCUCUUACAUCAGAUAUUCUUCCUGCUGCUGGCUGUGAGUCCCUCCUUGAAGAAGGAGUGUUGGAGAGUGUGCACUACCCAGAGCACUACAGCAACCUGGCAGGCUGUCAGUGGAUCUGUGCUCCAGAGGACCACGUAGUUAAGCUUGCAUACCAGCCUUUGGAAGUAGAAGAGAGUGAGGAUUGCUCCUAUGAUGCCAUGAAUAUGUGUGAAGAUGUGGGAAAAGAGGAGGAAAUUGUUGAGUCUUGUGGAUUUGCCCUACCAGCACCUGCUCCAAGCUCCUCUGCUGUGAUGCUGGUUGUCUCCCACCCUGAUGAAACAGAGACCUUUGGAGGAUUCAGAGCUACAGUCUCCUUUGUUCAUCGAACAGAUUUAAAUAUUUUGAAUUCAACUAAAGAAGUUUUUGAAAACCUGAAUAUUACUGAAGAAGAAAUAAAGCUUAUAACAGAGGGUGCUUGUGGAAUGCCUUCAAAUCAGCCCAGGUUCCUCUUCAGUAGGAUAAGUGGAGGUGAAGAAGCUGUGCUACUCGUGGCCAAGAAUGGGUUGUUACAGCUGCCCACUGCCUUCAUUCCAGGUGAGUGCAGUGGGAUGAGCCCUUCCCUGGGAAUGUCCAUAACUGCACGGUGUGUCCCUGCAGCCUGCUGCUUCCAUCCAAAAAGGUCAUUCAAGCAGUAUUUUAUACACCCAAAUUUUAAUGAGACCACUCUGGACUCUGACACUGCCCUGCUGCAACUGGCUGAGCUCUUGGAAUUCACCCCCUUCGUGCUCCCAGUGUGCCUCCCUGCCGGGGAGGAGGUGCUGCAGCCCUCGAGGAUGUGUGGGGUCACAGGGUGGAGUGCACCUGAAGCAGACAGAGAAAAGGGGAAAAAACUGCAGCAGCUGGAAGUCCCCAUCCUGGCACCUGACAUAUGUUAGAGCUAUUAUAUAAAGCUUCACAGGAAGGGGACCCUGGGGAUGAUCUGUGCAGGAUUCCCUCUAGAGGAAGGCAAGAACUAACGUGAUACUGGAGGCCCAUUAGUUUGUCCUUCAGGAGACAACUCAGGGUUUUACACUCUCCAUGGAAUCACUGGCUGGGGCUUGGGAUGUGGAAAGAAGAACCACCCAGGAGAAUACACCAAUGUUAGGGGUUUUUUUGACUGGAUCAAAAAUAAUAUUAAUAGUAGUGGUAUGUAUGAAAAAAACCCAACAAAACAACCAUUAAAUGAAUCCUUUUGCUAUUGUUAGAUGAUUGAGGUCUUUUCCAGGGUGCCGCUUUUAUAUUCAGGUGUCCAGCACUCCCUGGGAUCUUGGCUGUUUAAAAUAUCCCCAGCUGAAUGCCCAAAAAAGAAACAAAUCAGCAGUAACUUCUGAAAAUCUUAUUUCUUCCAGUUGUAUUAUUAUUAUUAUUAUUCUACUCUCUACUGCAUUUCAUGUGUGGAUGAAUGUUUUCCUUGCUGUGUCUUUGCAGCUUCAUUUCUCAGGGUUGGGAGGAAGUAAAGGAGCAGGAACUGAUAUGUGGUUGCAGCUGCAUCCACUUUGACAAGUUUACAGCCUGUCUUGAUUGAUGAUCUUUGCGGAGUUUACUCUGUUUAAUUCUUCUUCUUUUUUAGAGCUCCCCAUUUUCAAUGUGUGACUGUCAAAAGAACAGUUCUGAUGGAUGCCGUUGUAAAACAUUCCCAAAGCACAAAUGUCAUUGAAAACAAUAUUUGGUGGGAGCAUGCAGGUUUCUUGGACUGAUAAACAGAUUCCAGAGCAGCUGAUACUUACCCUGGGGAAUUUACUGCUGAUUUACCUGAACUGAGACUUUGGCCUUUCACGUGCGUUGGAGCAGCCAAAAGUUACCUGCAGCCUGCUGACACUCUGUUAAUUCAUUUUAGAAGGGAAAAUAAGCCACAUGAGCCAAGCAUGUCCUUGGAUGUAGUGCUAGAGACUGUAAAAAUACUGCAAGAUAUUUUUAACAGAGUUUCUGGUUUUACAAAUUGUUUGGUGUUUAAACAAAAGUGUUUGAAAAAAUAGGUGUUACAGGCCAAGGGAGGAUGCAAGAACUGAUAGCUAUCCUAAUUAAUCUAUGCAUUAACUUGUAACUAGCAGUUUGUUUAAUGGCCAAAAGGUGAUUAUGCAGAAAUCUGUGGCGACACGCUCCAAUUAGCUUUGCACACCCUUCUGCUCUCAGCUGUAGUGUUUAAAACUAGAUUAGUAGGAUAGUACAUCAGGUAAUAAAAGAAUAAUCCUCCUUUGAGUAAAUGGUCCAGAUAAUAACUAGAAGGUAAGGUAUCUCACUUAGUUUUUGUUGAUAUUAAUGGCAAAAAUAUUUAAAGAGUUUUUCCCAUACAAGCAUUUGAUGCCAGUAACCCUCCCUUAUUUAAUAUAUUAGUUUUUGAAGCAGCAAGCUGUCGGGGGGAGGCUCGUCCUCCCCUUUCGCUCGGCAAGCAACCAGCACACUGCUCGCAGCAGCACUCCCGGGUCUCACCCGAGACAGCGCCUUGGCAUACAGCCCCACGCUAUGGUGGAGGCAGCGCCCUGCAUCGGACGGGGCUCGCAGCAACAGCCAACAGAAAAUGAGAGCUGACUCCAGCCGAAGGUAUAAUCAAGCUUUCAGAGUCUCUAAUAAAAUUUCCGGCUUGGACCCCGAUCCCACACACGCAGCAGUUUUUAAGGUGGCAAGGGAAACAGGGGAGUAAACCACCUCUGGGCGAAUGGGAAACCAGAGGGGAGUGGGAUGCAGGGGAUUGACAUUAGGAACAGACCAACGGGAAUACAUCGAGGGAGGGGUCCUGGUCCCUGAUCCAAUCACUCGACGCUCCAGUUAGAAGUUUCUAGAGAGAAGGGAGGGAGUGCCAAGUGACAGACAGGGCACCAGGGAGGGGUCAAAGGAAGGAUACAUAGGGCUGGGGGGGGAGCAGGGAUGACUGGCAGUGGGGAGGAGGGCAGAGUGAACCAGGCUUGAACCAUUGCAAACUAAGGGGGGGAAACAGAACAGUCCAACAUACAAACUGAGAGGGGAACAGAACAAGCUAACACAACACAACAGUUUUGAACUUUGGUUCUUUAGGUUUUUUUUUUUUUUUAACUUUCAAUUUGAUUCUGUAGCUGGGGAAACAAUAAUCUCACUGAUUUUAUUCUCCAAUAUUUCACCACUUUCUUCUCUUCACCGUAAAGCUUGAGGCAAAAGCCCACAAAAUCUUGAGGUUUUUUGUGAAGCCAUGAAAAUACUUAACCGUGGAAGGAUUAUAGACAAAUUGAGAUUCAGUGAUUCAGAUUAACAGCUCUGUUACAUUAUUGAUAGAGUAUGUGUGCUCUAUCUUUGCCAAGCUCUCUGAAGAGAUCUUUAGAGAGAAAUGGAGGGAAUAUAACCUUUGUAAAUUUUUAUCAUAGAAGCCGGUUAAUGUUUGGUUAUGGUGGAAGUUGCCAUUAGCUGAUUGUGUCAAUUUAUGCUGGGACCAGAUGUGGAUUAUCUCUUGGCUGCUAUUCUGUUUUGCUUAACAGGACCAUAGUGACUUUUAUCUGUUUCUUAAUUUAAGACAAGGAUUUCAAGUGGAUGUGUUCAGAAUAGCAAAAAUUGUGUGGGAAGAAUUACAGGUGAUGUCAGCUGUGAUGAUAUUGAAUGCAGUGAUAAAUUGGUAUCUCUUAUGAAAAUUCCUGUCUUAAAUUCUAUCUUAAAAUGUCUGCUUUUGAUUUGAUUGUUAUGGCACUAACUUUUUGCUUGGCUGCUUGUUGUUGACCUUUUGUAUUUCUCCUAGCAUUAUUUUACAAGGAACCUAGUUUUGCUUUUGUUUGUGGCAACUUUUUAGUCUCUUGUAAGGUGCCAGCACCCUAUAGCAACAAUGUGAGCUGUUUUCUGAUGCAAAUGAAAUCUGGAUUUAAAAAAACCAAACCCAAACACAACUAAAAAUAAUAAAAAAAUAUUUUCAAUGGAGUUCAUGUAAUGGGAUUCUAUUUUAGUUUUUAGGUGAAGCUCUGUGACCGUAGGUGAUUCUGGUUAGCUCUGGAAUGGUGUCCUGAUGAUGUCCUGCCCUCUGUGUUUCUCUGCCUGUGGGGGUAACACAUCCCGAGCAUUUCCUGACCCUCUUCCCACUGUGGGUCUGCCCAAAAGGACACGACAAUCCCAUUCUAAUUGGAUCUUCCCUGUUUUCUUUUACCCUUACUUUAUUUCCCUUGAACUUUUCCAGAAGCGGCACGACGGCAGCUUUAUUUCUCAUUUAGGAAUCCCAUAACUGCCACACGUUGGGUGCACAGAAAUACUGCUAUUUCUUCAUCUGAACUGACCAGUUCGACUUUUUGGCCCUCCUUUUCUAUUUCUCGGCAGAAAGAAUUGUGAAGCAUUGGAAGGGGCUGCCCGCGGGGUCACUAUCCCCGGAGGUGUUUAAGGAAAGGCUGGACACGGCACUCAGUGCCACGGGCUGGGCGUCACGGUGGCGUCCGCUCACACUUUGGCCUCGGCGCUCUCAGAGGUCUUUCGCAACCUCAUCGAUUCUGCGAAACCAAA